ACCUCUUACCCACUCCCAGCUUAUAUAAAGCUAGCAUGUAAGACUACAAAUAUACUCCAUCUCAAGAAGGCAGUGCGUGGAAAGGAGUUGUUCAGUAUGGGUUCUCUACAAGUGAUCUUUGCUGUGGCUCUCUGCUAUGCAUUCCUCCUACCUGGUGAAUGCAUCACAGGGGGAAAGGAAUCUACACCACACUCCCGUCCCUACAUGGCCUCACUGCAGCUGGAGGGCAAACACAACUGUGGUGGAUUUCUGAUCUCCAGUGAAUGGGUUAUGAGUGCUGCACACUGCUUCCAGGACAGCGAAAAUUAUAAGGUGGUGUUGGGUGCUCAUUCCAUAUCUCAGGCAGAGGACACAAAACAAACCUUUGACAUGGCUGCUGUCUAUAAACAUCCCAGUUUCAACAUUGAUAACUACGAUAACGAUAUUGCCUUGGUCAAGCUAAGUCAACCAGUCACAGAGACGGAUGCAGUGAAGCCUCUGACGUUCCAGAGAGCAGGAGGGGGUGAUCCAAAUACAGAUGCCACUGUGGAAACUGCAGGUUGGGGUUCACUAGACAACCUGGGCAACCGGGCAGACAAGCUGCAUGAAGUGACCGUUGCUGUUAUAAAAAGACAAACCUGUAGUCGCAGUAACUCCUAUGGGGAUUCCUUUACCACGAAUAUGCUCUGUGCUGGAAAACAACGCAAGGACACCUGUGAUGGUGAUUCUGGUGGUCCUCUGCUGUAUAAUGGCGUUGCAGUAGGAAUAACCUCAAAUGGAGGGAGGAGAUGUGGUUCCACCAGGAAGCCUGGCCUCUACACCAUUAUAUCGCAUUACAAUGAUUGGAUCACCCGCACUAUGUCCCAGUAACAUGUCAGCAGCCUGACUCACAAUAUGACCAUAUUAUUGCUUGUUAUAUCAUAUUACUGCUAGUAGACCUCCUCUUACUCUAACUUUGAGGAAGAUUCAAUUUAAUCUCAUCUAUCCAGCCUUUAUUGUCAUACUGGUCAUAGAGGCUAGGCACUACUUCAUGUCUUUCAUGUUGUAACAGGUUACUUGCUAUAGCUCAACACUAUACAGUAUACAGUUUUACAUGGUUCUUUGUGAAAGUUGCACAGUUUAUUUUGUUCAUUUUAAUAUGAUGUAUAAAUAUAAUAGGUUUAUUCAGAUUUUAUACCAGAAUUUAAAAUGUAUUGGUUGUCAUGUCACAAGACAGUAACAGAUGUAAAUGCUUCAUGCAUCAGUAUUAUAUUACAAAUAUAUAUCACUUUUUUUUUUUAUUUUAAUGAUGUGUAUUAUCUUAUACUCAGAUUUUAAAAAUGAGUUAUGUAAAAAUGCUUGGGUAUUUUUAUAAUAAUAUGCCAAAAACUAUCUGGACAUACCUGUUUAAGUUGCAAGAAGGUGUUCUAUCAUGUUUGCCAGAUAAAUAAAGAAAUAAACAAAUACCAAAUGUCUAACUACAUGGACAAGUAUGUAUCUCAGCAAUGUCAAUAAAUAUAUGGAAUGCAGCCUAAAA